GUGUUCUCUCUCUAUCUUUGCUUGAAAUUCCAUUUCUUUUGAUUUAAUUAAAGGGUAGUGGAAGCAAGGAACAACAAGAUAAAAAAGCAAGCAAGAGAGAGAGAGAUAGAGAGAGGGGAUGAGACCACAUCCUCUGUUUUCAUUCUCCCUGCCAUUCAAAUUUUUCACAUAACCUCUCAUUAUUAUUGUUGUUGUUGUUUUUUAUUUUUGCUUCUGUUUCCAUCACCUACCAUUCAUUUUGAUUCUUGAAUGGUGAAUUUCCCAUCCAGGUUGUUCCAAUUUUUGAUUUCCUUCUCCUUUGAUCUCUAAUCUCUUCAUUCAACUACUCUGAAUUUCUUCUCUGAUCCUAUCUUUCUUUGCUGGAUUGCUGGAUUGGUUAAGUUUCUGAUUGGUUCUCUGAAGAUCCGAUUCUCUUAGAUCGAAUUUCACAAACCCCACUUCGUAUAAUUCAGAAGCAUCAACUGGGUUCUGGCUGAAUUUCAAUAUAAGAUGGAAUCGGAUCUUGGCAAGCUCUUCAUUGGGGGAAUUUCCUGGGAUACUGAUGAGGAACGUCUCAAAGAACAUUUUGGGAAAUAUGGGGAGGUGAUAGAGGCUGUGAUCAUGCGAGAUCGCGCCACAGGCCGUGCUCGAGGCUUCGGUUUUGUUGUCUUUGCUGAUCCUGCUGUUGCUGAGAGAGUCAUUGUGGAUAAGCACAUAAUUGAUGGCCGAACUGUUGAAGCCAAGAAGGCUGUUCCUCGGGAUGAUCAGAACACCUUAAACAGACAGUCCGGUGGCGUCCAUGGAUCUCCCGGUACCGGACGCACCAAGAAGAUUUUUGUUGGAGGCUUGCCAUCAACAAUCACAGAAAGUGAUUUUAAGAACUAUUUUGAUCAGUUUGGUACAAUUACCGAUGUUGUAGUAAUGUAUGACCACAACACCCAGAGGCCAAGAGGUUUUGGCUUCAUCACUUAUGAUUCAGAAGAAGCUGUAGACAGAGUUCUUUUUAAGACAUUUCAUGAACUCAACGGAAAGAUGGUUGAGGUCAAGCGAGCAGUUCCCAAAGAGCUUUCCCCCGGACCGAUUCGGAGCCCAUUGAUAGGAUCAUAUAACUAUGGUUUGAAUAGGGCCAGUAGCUACCUAAACAGUUAUGCCCAGGGCUUUAAUAUGAACCCGGUUGGAGGCUUGGGAGUCAGGAUGGAUGGUAGGUUUAAUCUUAAUCCACUUACUAGUAGUAGAGGCGGAUUAACCCCAUUUGGCUUCAGUGGUUAUGGAAUGGGAGUGAAUUUGGACUCAGGAUUGAAUUUGAACCCAAGCUAUGGAGGAACUUCAAAUUAUGGGGGUAGUCUAGGAUACGGUCGGAUAAGUCCUUUCUACAACAGCAACUCAAGCAGAUAUACCACUCCUAUCGGCUAUAGCGGGGGCAAUGUGAGAAGUGAUUCGCUUAUGAACUCGCCUUCUCGGAAUGUUUGGGGAAAUGGGGAUCUAAAUAGUACUUCCAAUAACCAAGCCAGCCCUGGUGGUGCUUACUUGGGAUCUGGAAGUGGGGCUUUUGGAGUUUCGAUUGGAAAUAGCGGCGCGAAUUGGGGUCAAUCUGUCCCAAACCAGGGUGGAGGAGCUGCUUCCGGCUAUAAUGCUUGGAAUAGUGCUUAUGAAGGUGGAGGUAGCACCAUUGGAUUAGGAGGGGGAGGGUAUGGAAGGAACAGUCCAAGUGUGACUCAAUCCUCAACAUUUACUGCACCAACUGGCGGUUAUGAAGGAUCCUAUGGGGACUUGUACCGCAAUGGUUCAUUUUACAGCGACUCAACUUUGCGGUCCGGUGCUUCUGAAGUAGAUGGCUCAGGCUCAUUUGGCUAUGGACUUGGUGGUAUAGCUUCAGAUGAUCUAGUAAAGAGUUCGGAUGAUUUGAUUGGUAACUACAAUGUAGCAAGUAGACAAUCUAAUAGAGGUAUUGCUGCUUAGGAGGUAAUCGGAUAUAGCAUGGUAAUUGUAGAUCAAGGGAUACUGUUAAAGAAAUGAGGUAUUGUGAAUUCAGACAUCUCCAUCACUUGAGAGAAAUCAGCUCAUAAGGAAAUUCAGCAUAUAUAGCUAACGGUGUUCUUUCAUUUGAAGUAUAGAUAAGCUAAAUCAGUUACAAGGGAUUUUGUAUAAGGUUUGGGAUUUUUGUUUUGUCCCCAUUUUGAAUUUUCAAGACUUAGCUCCAUUCAUGGAAUUUGAUUGAGGUGUAAAAUCAAAUUGCGGGAUAUACUCAGGAAGAUUGGUUCCAAUAGGGUAAUAGUACCGUCAUUAGUAUAUUUAGUGCAUGUUUGGAAAUUCUUCUACAAUCAAUUCUAAAGUCAUAAUCAAUUCUGUCAACGCUUCUGGGUUUCAGAAUUGAUUUUGAGGAAAAUGAAGUUGUUCCAAACAUGCUAAAUGAUAGUGUAUGAAUUGUUCUUUUUUCUUGUGCCAUUGUAAUGCCUGGCAAAAAAAAACUGCUUGUUCUUGUCACCAUCUUUUUUAUGGGACAUGUUUUUACUCAAAUUGUGAGGUUCAGUUUGAUUUAUGAGGUUUGAAACAUGAGAGGGCAUCCAUCUAGGAUCCCCAUCAAAUAAUGAAGUUACUAGACAGA